AUGUUUGCAUGCUCUCGAAGAACACUGUUCAUUCACCAUCGGUUAUACGAUGCAUAUCUUCCGGACGCCAUCCAAGAUGCCUUCACAGUCUCUGCAGCAUAUUGCAACAGAACAGUGGAAACCGUGGAUAUGGUGUUGCGUAUCCUGGAAAACAAAGCCGCGAAUCUAGUGAAAGAGGACCGUAAAUCAAACUCACUAGAAGAGCUGCUUGCAUCUGUGCAGGCAUUACUUCUUUUCCACAUUAUCCAGCUCUUCGAUGGUGACAUCCGGCAGCGCUUUCUAGCCGAACAGAACAUGGACAUACUACGCACGUGGACCGCACAGCUACAAGAUCGAGUGAGCGACCUAGACUCCACGCCAACAUGGCAGGAAUGGAUAUUCACGGAGAGUGCCCGCAGAACUGUCAUUAUCUCGGUGUUUAUUGAUGGAUUAUAUUCGGUACUCAAGACGGGGCAAUGCUCGAAUAUCAGGGCGCUGAGCGUACUCCCGUUCACUUCCGGGGCUACUCUGUGGGAUUUGACUUCGAGUGCUUCGUGGCUUGCCGAGUCGCAUGGUCUUAGAUCUCAUACUGUGCUCUAUGGUGAUUUCUCGAGGGCCUUUGAGAAUGGACGAGUUCCGGGUAAACUGGAUGGGUUUCAGAAAUUGCUGCUUGCCCCUUGUGUGGGUGAAAGGUAUAGGGAAGUGCUGGAAAUAGAAGCUUAA